ACUACAAGAAACUUUCAAAAUUAACGAUUGGAUUGAAAAACUCUAGUUGCUCCGCGUAUCAGUCACGAAGCAAGCUAAUUAUUAUUUGGACGGAAGCUAGUUAAGUAAACAGUAAUACGAACUGAUUAUAUAUAAUAAAACAUAAAGAAAACAAACACGAGGCGAAAGGAACGGAGUCGAAGUUGCUGACGCCGCAGCAGCAACAGGAAAUAAUCGAAACAUAUUUCGCUGGGCGAAAGUCAACAACAACAAAGACGUGUAGACGAUUCCGUCGUCCAUCCAUCGUUGUGGAGUAAUUUACUGAAACUUACGCGCACACACGUAGACGCAGAGACAGAGACAGACACAGACGCAGACGCACGCACACUAUCCAAAACAUACACAUAGAAAACUUCAUAAGCUUGAUACAGCCAGAAUGGAACGUGAAUCAAAUCCAAUGCAACCCAUGUGCCGCUCGGGAUGCGGUUUCUAUGGUAAUCCCGCUACAGAUGGUCUGUGUUCAGUUUGCUACAAGGACUCGCUUAGAAAAAAGCAACAGCCACCUGUGAGCAGCACACCUGUGUCAGUUCCAAGCCCACAGCCUAGCCCCACAUUCAGUCCGGUCAUCGCAACAACCCACACUGCACAGCCCACGGUACAGAGCUUACAGCAAUCACACAGUGAUGUCAAAGAGAAAAUCACCGAGGAAGCCGCAGUCGCCUCCAAGUCCAAUAGCGAAGCCAUAAUAGCGGCGUCUGGUCCAAAUACUUCCACACAAGCAGCUGCCUCCGCAUGUGAGCAGGAUGAUAAAGACAAGGAAGACGACAAGGACGCCAAGAAGAAAAAGAACCGAUGUGGUGAAUGCCGCAAGAAGGUUGGCCUAACUGGUUUCCAGUGUCGCUGUGGCGGCUUAUACUGUGCCGUGCAUCGUUAUUCCGAUAAACACAAUUGCACCUUUGACUACAGAGAGCAUGGCGCCCAGGAGAUUCGACGCAAUAAUCCGGUUGUAGUUGGCGAGAAAAUUCAAAAGAUUUGAAUUGCGAGGAGAGAUUGUGCCAGUAACAGUAGCCGUAGAAUAAUAACAACUACACAUUAUGAUAUAGUAUAUAUAUACACACGCUACGCACCAACAAAUCAAUAUAACAACAAAACAAAAAA